CAUCAUAUCUUGGUUUGGACCUGCAGUGCACAUUUAUAGCAGGAAACAUUCAGAACAGAUUGCUUUGGGAGCAAGGUAAAAUCUACGACCAUGCCAGGGACUAAAAGUUGUUACAGCUCACUCUCUGCUACUCCAAGUUUCCUUUCCUGAGUGCUCCAACCAAUCACAGAUGGAUAACAUUUGCAAUCAAUUCGGUCAGUCUUCCAAUAGGGACUCGGGGUGGAUUUUAAUGCACCUCAAGCUGGUUGCCAACCGCCAUUAAAAAACAGUUGAAGAAGAAGAAGACUCGAGAUGGAUGUUAGCAAAACCAUUCAGAUGCAGAACCGCAGAGGUUCAGUGUUUAACGGAGGCUGUUCCUGCCUGAUCAACUCCGGGAAAGCGCUCGCUUGUCCUUUCCGUGGCCAGGAACAGAAGAAUAUGGCGCCGCCCUGGGCAAUGAGCUGCUGCUUCCGUCCGAGUUGGAGCCGUAGCCCGCGAUACUCUUGCCUUUAGGUAGAAACCCAAAGUAUAUGAAAAAAUGGACACCGUAGGAGAGGACGAGCCGGAUCCUAUAAAGCUGAAGUCCAUUAAGAACCAAAAAACAUUCACAGUGCCUCAACAUGACAGGUUUGGGAGCUGCAGAAGUGUCAGAGAGUUUGAGAAACUCAAUCGAAUAGGAGAAGGAACUUACGGCAUUGUCUACCGAGCCCGUGAUACCAAGUCAGAUGAGAUUGUUGCAUUGAAGAAGGUCCGGAUGGACAAAGAAAAAGAUGGAAUCCCCAUUAGCAGCCUCAGAGAGAUCACCCUGCUCCUGAGGUUGAGACAUCCCAACAUAGUGGAGCUGAAAGAAGUGGUUGUAGGCAGCCAACUGGAGAGUCUGUUUCUGGUGAUGUGUUACUGUGAGCAGGACCUAGCCAGUCUGCUGGAAAACAUGCAGACACCGUUUUCUGAGGCUCAGGUAAAGUGUAUUGUUCUUCAGUUACUCAGAGGCCUGGAGUACCUCCACCACAACUUCAUUAUACACAGGGACCUGAAGGUGUCCAAUCUGCUGAUGACAGACAAAGGCUGCGUUAAGAUUGCUGAUUUUGGGUUGGCCAGGAUGUACGGCAUCCCCCAGCAGCCUAUGACCCCCAGAGUGGUUACACUGUGGUACAGAGCUCCAGAGCUCCUCCUAGGGACCAAGACCCAGACUACCGCUCUGGACAUGUGGGCGGUCGGCUGUAUCCUAGCUGAACUGCUGGCUCACAAACCUCUGCUGCCUGGAACCUCUGAGAUCCAGCAGGUCGACCUGAUAGUGCAGCUGCUGGGGACACCCAAUGAAAACAUCUGGCCGGGUUUCUCUCAGCUACCCCUCAUUGGUCAAUACACUCUGAGGAAGCAGCCAUACAACAACCUAAAGAAUAAAUUCACCUGGCUGUCUGAUGCUGGACACAGACUGCUCAACCUGCUCUUCAUGUACAACCCACAGCGCAGGGCUACUGCCAAAGAUUGCUUGGAGAGUUCCUACUUCAAAGAGAAACCUCUGCCAUGUGAACCAGAGCUGAUGCCUACCUUCCCCCACCAUCGCAACAAACGGGCCGCUGCUCUGGCAGAGAGCCACUCGAAACGGAGCAAAGUGUGAUCGGAAUGGUGAUGAUGAUGAUAUUCUCGCUCAGAGGGUGGACCAUGGCUUCUGUUUCCACUGCAUGUGCUCUUAGAGGACAUUGAGGGAUCUUACUAUGGAAUUUUCAGCUAAUGAGAACUAGUUUUUCACCUUAAGUCAAGUCAGCACAGGACUGGUUACACGAGACUUUACAGCGUUGAGGAUAAUGCUGAUGCUUGACUCUUUAAAAAGGAUGCAGUCGCACAUUUUGCAAUGUAGAUGUAGUUGUUUUGCAGCACUGUGUUGUAAUUAUAGGAGGUUUAUGGAGUAUUUCUUCCAGUUUGUAUUGUUGCCAAGGUCUGUACACUAAAUAGGUUCAAGGUAAUGAGGUUUCCAUGAAAAAUCUACCGAGGUAUUGUGCCAGGUUAGCUCCCUGUCGCUAGUCUUUAUGCUGAGCCAAAGGGCUGCUGGUUGUAGCUUCAUAUUUACUGUGCAGAGAUCAGAAAAGUACAGGGAGAGAGAGAGGAGACACAAAGUUAGUGAUG